GCAGAGAAAGUCUGAACACAGCGGAGAGGAUGCUUUAGAGGAGAAGAUAAUAAACUCAAGGUACUUCUAUAAACUUAAGAGCAGAUAGUCAAGAUGACGGCCAUCGAGAGUAAAGAGGAGAUCAGUGACACUGACAGCGGGAUAAUCGUGCACUCUGUCCCUGACAGCCCUGUGUCCCCGGUGAAGGACCUGACCACACACACCAGAGCCCUGAAGCUGAAGCACCAGUCUCUGGAGGAGCGUCUGGAGCUCUGCCUGCUGGAGCUCAGGCAGCUCUGCAUCAGGGAGGCGGAGCUGACUGGCGAGCUGCCCUCAGAUUAUCCUCUGAUGCCAGACGAGAAGCUUCCCCGGGUCAGAAGGAGGAUCGGAGCUUCCUUCAAGCUCGACGAAGGUCUGAUCCAUGUGAAUGAACAGGAUUCAGAGCUGCAAGUGCUGGAAACUGACCUGGCUGUUCAGAGGCAAAUUUAUGAGGCGUCCCGCAAACUGUCCCUGGAGGGCAAGCUCAGCAAACCACAGAAGAAGAGUCGACUGCAGCAGUGCAAGAGGGAGGAGAAGAAGGUGAAGGAUCUGCAGGAAGCCGUGUUCCAGCAGAGGAUCAAGAGUGAAUGCAACUCUCCAUGCAUCAGCGUCUCCAACAGCAAAAACAAAGAUCUGUGCAUGUCUGAUGACAGCUCCCUGUCUGAUGUGGUGGCCCUGGAUGAUGACGUAGACUCGUCCAGCCCUCUCUCACCUCCAGUUUUGGGCUACUCCGAUCCCCUCCAGCUGUCAUCCAGCAGCCUCCAGUCAUCGAGCCAGCUCAUCGUGGAGUACCAGCGCUCGCCCAUCCAGAACUCUCCGUGGAAAGAGUCCAGUCUGGAUCCGCCUUACCGGAAACCCCCAAACCCUCGCUCUGCUGGCAGCAGCAGGUCCAGUAGUCCAGCAGGAACCCAGAUACCUGCAGAGAGCAUCAUUCCUCUGUCUCAGUUCAUAAGGAACGCGGCCAUGCGUCAGAACCACUCCUGCAGCGCCCCCUCCACCCCCGAGCUGCACGUACGCCGACAGUACACCCAGUCCUUCAGACUUCCCAAAAAGAAGCUGCCUGCUGACCUGGAGCGUCUGGGCUCAGAGAACAAUCGGGGACGAACCAGGCUGCCUCAGCGGCGAUGCUUUGCUGACUUCAUGGUGCGUACUCCGGAGUAUUCGCCCUUACGUCCUUACCAGUCCAGCUCGGAGGACAGCAGCUCGGAGCACUCCUCCUCCUCCUACAUCAGCUCCCCCGGCAGGGAGAAACCCACCGAGAUGCCCAAGCUCUGCCCGCCGCCUUACGGGUUCCACUUCGGAGCGCAGAAGAAAGCGAUCCCCAACUUCUCCAGCUCACCCAAGAACAUCAACCAGUGUCAGCCCAGCCCCGGCUACAUCAGGGCCGAGGCUGUCCCCCUCUCCCCUCAGGACCCAGACAUUGGACAGAGCUUCCUGUCCCCCCCUCCUCCUCCUGUGGCACUCAGCCCUCAGCAGAUACACUGGCAGGAGGCAGCAUUGUCCCAGACGAGAAUCCUAAAGCCCCCUCCGCCGUACACCAGGCUGGUGCGCACGCCCUCGCUGAAUGAGUACCCUAACCACGCCGUCCGGCUGCUGCCCAGGGACAUCGUGUCGGAGGAGUUGAAGUCGUGGCAUCAGAGGAAUCAGCUGCAGAGGAAUCAGCAGAGCCCCCUGAGUGUCAGGAGCCCCACCUCUCCUCAUCUGCCUCCAUUCAGACAGGGUUUGGGUCACGUGAUUCUGCAGAGGGCCGCAGACGGGACUCCUCUCCAGUGGUUCAUUGCGGAGGACGCUGAGAUCGUGAGCCAGGUGUAGCGGAGACCUCUCGCUCUGCAUAGCCCUCUCUAUUUAUCGCUGUAUUUAUUUGAACUCUCUGUGAGAUUGUAUGUUGACAUGAUGCAAAACACGCUGACCUAUCGGUACCCAGAUGAGUGCAUUUCUCUUUUUCAUAGUUGUUUUUUAAUUUAAAACUUAAUGUAUGGUGUAUUCCAGUUUUAUUUAUAUUAAAACAUUUCCUAAUAGAUAUUUCUAAAAGCAUUCAGAAGUGAAUUAAGGUUCAUGCAAACAGAUCUAAAAAGCAUUUGCUGUGGUUUCAAGAAUUUCUUUGUGUCUGGCACACAUUUUGCACAUGAAAUUCAUUCACACUAGUUUUCAAAUACAUUUCCAAAUCUUAAUAUAAUAUUUUAUUCUUUAUUUAUCUGUUACUAAGAGUUUCCCCCAUGCAACAAGUAGAUUUAUUAACAAAAUGCUGAUAUGAAUUUGAACAUGCAUCUCUCUUUUUUUAAAGUUAAAUAUAGUUAAAGUUUAACAUCUAACCAUGACGUGAGAACUUAACGUUUGCUAUUAACUUUUGAGUAUUAAUCACUGAUGCCUUAAACAGUGGUUUGAUGAAUGUUUUCACUGCAGUUUGGUGUUUUCUUACUAACCGAGUGAUUGUAUCAGUUUUUGAUAUGUUUUGUAUAUUUAUAAUAAACAGCUGAAAGUUA